AUGAAAUUUCUCAUUUGCUUAUUUUUGGCAUUAGCUGUUGUAUCUGCUAUGCGUGACCAGUCAAUUGCCGUGAGAGGAAAAUUAUUGUGCGGCACGAAACCGGCAGCUAAUGUCAGAAUAAAGUUGUGGGAAGAGGAUUCCGGACCAGAUCCGGACGAUCUUCUUGAAGCUGGAUACACCGAUGCUAAUGGAGAGUUCCAGCUUUCUGGAGGGGAAGCUGAGCUGACGCCAAUUGAUCCAGUCUUCAAAGUUUACCACGACUGCGACGAUGGAAUUAUGCCUGGGCACCGAAAAGCAAAGUUCUUGAUUCCGAAGUCUUACAUCACCAACGGCAAAGUUCCAAAGAAGACUUUCGACUUGGGUGUAUUGAACCUUGAAACCAUUUUCCCGAAAGAGGAACGCGUAGCAUUCAUCUCACGUAAGAGACGAGAUUUCGACGAAGACAUUUUCUUGUAG